AAAGGGUAAAGUCUGCCGAGUGGAGCCGACACAUUACGAGACUGGCCGCUUUUUCCGGACGUAGUUCCGUUGCAGUUUUUAUUUUCCGCCCUCUUUUUGUCCCAGAGAAACCGGUUAGUACGGUCUGUGCUGAAUCAUUUUAAGUCGCGCGUGUCGGAAAUGAGAAUUUAUUUAAUGUGUGUGUUUUAUGUCGGCGGAUAGCACCUCGGGCUGGAGGACAGUGUAGCAACAGCCUUUGUUUGGACAGAGGACUACUUGUGCCAUUCCCGGGCCACGCCACUGAAUUUCCUGUGCUUAGUGGACAUUAAUGUUCCAGCAUGAAGACUUGUAUAGUGGACUGCAGCUAGGAAUAGGACACGCGUUGAGUGGGAAGGCAAUGCGGUUAUGAGGCCAGCUCUUACAGAAAGAAAGAAAGAAAAAUCACCUGCGCCUAAUGAUUUCUCACUGAGCUCACUGACAAAGUGACACUUGCUCUCACAGUCUCAUCAUCAUCAUCAUCAUCAUCACAGGACGAGGUUGAAUCCAAAGCCAGGUGUGAAUCUCCGGACUCCAUACCACACAGCAGACGGCUUUUCACUGGCCCCUCACCUUGAGCUAUGACGUCCCCACCCUCUCCUCUGGCUUCCCCUUGUCCUUGCCCUCCUCCCCCUCCCUCUCUGCCCUCGUCCCCUGCCCCGUCCUCUCCUGCACCCUCCAACAUCCCGAUGCCUCCCUCGCUGCCCCCUACAGGUGAGGUAAUGGUGAUGGCCCUGGGACGGAAGAAACAGAGGCUCUUCAUCGCGCUUUCCAUCUUGCCCAACCUCUUCAUGGCCUUCUUGCUGUCUUCUGACCCAUUGUUGACCCUGGCAUCACCCCAUCACUGUCACCUGUCCGUGUCCAACCCUACAGAUGAGGUGCUAAAUGCCUCACUGCCCUGGGAGAAGGGUACUAGGGAAGGCGACAGUGGGGGACUCUCCCAGUGCACUCAGUACCUGUUUGUUAACGGCACUCGUUCUGGUGUAGUGGACUGUGAAGCUGGGUGGGACUUUAAUGUCACAGAAGGCCUGAGGAAUAACAUUGUCACUGAGUGGAAUCUGGUGUGCUCUCAGUAUUGGCUGGUUCCAGUGGAGGAGGUGUGCUUCAUUCUGGGAAACCUCAUAGGCUGCCUGGGCCUUGGAUAUGCUGCUGACCGAUUGGGCCGGCUGAAGACCCUGCUAAUCUCUCUCACUUUGUCUGUGGUUUUUGGCAUACUGGUGUGCGUGUCUGCCUCACCCCCCAUGUUCAUCGCCAUGCGGUUCUGCUUAGCCGCAGCCACUGCCGGCCUUUAUCUCGUGCUAUAUAUUGCACGUUUGGAACUGUGUGACCCUUCGUUGCGUCUCCUGGUGACCAUGAUUGCGGGACUGACAACAGUUGCCGGGGAGCUCUUAUUGCUAGGAGUAGCUGUUGGAUGCCCGACAUGGAGGGGGUUGAUAGGAACCGGAGCAGCACCUCUUUCUCUCUUCCUCUGCUAUGGUAUUCCAGGUGUCUUUCCAGAGUCCCCACGCUGGUUAUUGCUCUCAGAGAGAGCAAGUGACAUGAACUCAUUUAGUGAACACAGUGAGCGACAAAGAGAAGAUGAUGGCUUCACAGAGCUGGAGUCGGAGUCCCCUCAGACUGGUCGUCCCUAUUUGUCCUUCCCAGAGCUACUCCAGAGUCGAAACAUCUGGAAAAACAUGUGUGUGUUGGGAUUUACCUCGUUCAUCUCUCAUGGCAUUAGUCACUGCUACAGCUCCUUCAGGGGUGAUGUUCGAGGCACUGCAUCCAGUUUCUAUUGGACCUACCUGCUGUCUGUCUGUGCAGGAGGUGGAGCUUGGCUGUUGCUCUGGGCAACAGUGGACCGAUUUGGUCGCCGUGGCAUUCUCUUGCUGGCCAUGACGAUGACUGGGCUCGCCUCACUCAUUCUACUCGGCCUGAUGGAGUAUCUGAGCGAGUCAGCCAUUACAGUGUUCUCCGUGAUGGGCCUGUUCUCGUCACAGGCUGCUGCCUCUCUGUGCAUCCUCUUUACUGCUGAAAUCAUGCCCACCAUCAUUAGGGGAAGUGGGGUGGGUGCUAUCCUGGCUCUUGGCUGCGUGGGUCGGCUCAGCUCUCCUCUGAUGGACCUGCGCAACCACUACGGCUACUUUCUGCACCAUGUAGUCUACUCUUCUCUUGCCCUACUGGCUGUUCUGUCCAUUCUGCUGCUUCCAGAGAGCAAACGGAAGCCCCUGCCACAGACAUUGUCUGAUGGUGAGCAAUACAGGCGCCCUCCUCUGGGCCGGAAGAGGAGGGACAACGUUCCUUUGCUUGCCACACCAAAUCCAGAGACCUAGCCUUCUUUAUAGACACACAUGCACCUGUACACCACGGCCAUUCCCCCGACUCUCACCAUGUCUGUGUGGCAGAGGACGAGAGGGGGCGCAUGGGACAAGCCUUCCUAACCUCCCAUCCUGUCAUCAUUCCUAACGCAUAAAUGGAACUACAGCAUGACGAGUCCUCCCUGGCUCCUGCUGAAGUGCGAGGGGUGAGAAUCUCAAUGGUGUAGGGAACAAACUGUGCUCUGUAGUAUCCCAGGGCUCAACUACAGCUACUGCAAUGAGUGCCAAUUUUAUAUACCAUGCAACAGGUGGUAACCCUAAAAAGUAACACACCAGACAAUCGCCAUCACGGACGGAAUACAAGUGUGUACGGCCCAUAUAGCACUGAGUGAAGAAGCCUUUAAUUACAUUGAACUCUCAUCACACAGACAAGGGCUCAAAAUAUUACAGUCAUUUUGUAAAUACCCUAAAUAUAUUCUGUCUGAAACGAAAUAGAAUGUAACGUGUAGGGAGGAAAUAGAGACAUGCUCCUGCUGGUCCAUCAGCACAAUAGAAAAACUUCAUUGCAAGUUCUUCUGUUAUUUAUCAACAGGUAGUUUAUAAUGGCAUUAUGGUACUGAUUAUUCUGACUUGCGUAUGCCGGACUGUGGCAUGCUGACCGAGAAGGAGUAUUUAUGUUACACAGAUAUGGUCCUGUAGCACUCUUAUAGGCACUUUGGGGAUGGAAGAAACAGGACUGAAUUAUGAACCCAGUAUUAAUGAGUGUGCAGAGAAGGAAAGGACAAGCACUAGAAUUUCUGUUUGGUCAUGUUCUCAGCACAACGUGGAAGACGGGCCAAAGAAACUGAAGGAAUGAACAGUGCAGCCUUGUCUUAGAAUCACCUCUCUGUCAAUUUGUUCGUUUGUUUUUAAAAAAUGAACUUAAUUCUCUAUUGGUAGUAAUAAUAAGACAAUUAAUGAUUAUUAUAAUAAUUGCUAAAAAUGACUUGACAGUAGUAAUAAGACUUAAUUAAUAACGACUGAUUGCUUGAGAUUAAUUAACAAAUUAUAACAUGUGCUGUAAUUAUGUUAAUAAAUCUUGAAACUAAUUUAAUUAAAAAUAAAAUGUUAAAAAUGAAAUUUGGCUCUGUCUUUGUAUGAAGGUAAUGUAAUAUGACCUGUGAUGGACCACCUUCUGAACGUACGUUUGAUCUUUAGCAUGUUAUAGUUUAGGACACUGGAAUAAUCUGAAACAGCUGAAGUAG